AUGUCAGUGUCUGUCAACGUAGACCUCGCCAAACAUCGGUACAAACUCGCGUUUCACUGCCGACAGUUGGUGAAAAAACCUGCUAGUACGGUGAUCCAGACCUCGACCUGGGGCGGUAAGAGUAAACAACAGAAAGACUCCACUUUAACCAACUCGGGAUCAUCUUUACAUAAUACACACAAUAUACAACAGAAAGACUCCACUUUAACCAACUCGGGAUCAUCUUUACCUUAUAUACAGAGUAAACAACAGAAAGACUCCACUUUGACCAACUCGGGAUCAUCUGUACCUGAUACACAGAUUAAACUACAGAAAGACUCCACUUUAACCAACUCGGGAUCAUCUUUACCUUAUACACAGAGUAAACUACAGAAAGACUCCACUUUAACCAACUCGGGAUCAUCUGUACCUUAUACACAGAGUAAACUACAGAAAGACUCCACUUUAACCAACUCGGGAUCAUCUUUAACUUAUAUACAGAGUAAACAACAGAAAGACUCCACUUUGACCAACUCGGGAUCAUCUUUACAGAAAGACUCCACUUUAACCAACCCGGGAUCACCUGUACCUUAUAUACAGAGUAAACAACAGAAAGACUCCACUUUAACCAACUCGGGAUCACCUGUACCUUAUAUACAGAGUAAACAACAGAAAGACUCCACUUUAACCAACUCGGGAUCAUCUGUACCUGAUACACAGAGUAAACAACAGAAAGACUCCACUUUAACCAACUCGGGAUCAUCUGUACCUGAUACACACAGUAAACAACAGAAAGACUCCACUUUAACCAACUCGGGAUCAUCUUUAACUUAUAUACAGAAUAUACAACAGAAAGACUCCACUUUAACCAACUCGGGAUCAUCUUUACCUUAUAUACAGAGUAAACAACAGAAAGACUCCACUUUAACCAACUCGGGAUCAUCUUUACAUAAUACAUAG